AUGAAGCAAACGAUUAAUGGAGAAUGGCUCCUCGGGCUUGUGUUGACUGCCGCCACAAUACAAACUGCCGCCGCGGACUUGACGACAACAAUCAGUCCCACAACUAAUUGGGGCACAUGGGAAGGGUUUGGUGUGUCUCUUGCAUGGUGGGCCAAGGCGUUUGGCACGCGGAGUGACUUGGCGGAUAUUUUCUUCUCCACCAAGUCGACAACAUACAAUGGGCAGAGUGUUCCCGGAAUUGGCCUCACCAUUGCACGGUACAACGCAGGUGCCAGCAGCACGAACUCGAUCAAUGGUACCACGAUGGUUGUGUCUCCCGACAUGAUCGCCUCACGGCAGGUGGAUAGCUACUGGCUUGAUUGGGCCAGCUCUUCCCCGUCGUCGUCGAGCUGGAGCUGGAGUGUCGACGCCAACCAGCGCAACAUGCUGUCGAUGGCCAAAGCACGUGGCGCCACCACCUUCGAGCUAUUUUCUAACUCCCCCACGUGGUGGAUGUGUCUCAACCAUAAUCCUUCCGGGUCCAAUGACGGCUCCAGCGACAACUUGCAGUCGUGGAACUAUGACCAACAUGCAGUUUAUCUCGCCACCAUCGCUGAAUACGCCGCGAGUAACUGGGGUGUCUCCUUCCAGUCCGUGGAAGCCUUCAAUGAGCCGGUCUCGGACUGGUGGAACGGCCAGACUGGAACUCAAGAAGGCUGCCACUUCGACGUCAGCACCCAGGCGACGGUGAUUGGGAACCUCCGCACAGAAUUAAACAACCGGGGCCUCAGCUCGACCCUGAUCGCAGCCUCGGAUGAAAAUACCUAUGACUUGGCAGUUUCCACGUGGAACAGCCUCGGCAGUACGGCGACAAGCAACGUUGGCCGCAUUAAUGUCCACGGGUAUCAAUAUACCGGAGGAAGGCGAGACACGCUAUACAGUUUGGCCUCCGGCGCCGGCAAGAGGCUCUGGAACAGUGAGUACGGCGAGAGCGACGCGACAGGCCAAAGCCUCGUCACCAACCUGCUUCUCGACUUCCGCUGGCUCCACCCGACGGCCUGGGUAUACUGGCAGGCGAUUGAUGGUGGCGGAUGGGGCCUGAUUGAUGGGGACAACGAUAACUUGUCUCUCGGAGCUGUUAGCCAGAAAUACUUUGCGCUGGCGCAGUUCGCUCGUCACAUUCGGCCUGGUAUGCGCAUCCUAGAUGGCGGGAGCAACUACACUGUUGCCGCAUACGACUCCUCGGCACAGAAACUGGUCGUUGUUGCUGCAAACUGGGGUGCUGCCCAGUAUCUCAACUUUGAUCUCUCCAGCUUCAGCAAGCCUGGGGUCAGUGGGGCCCUGGUCCCUCGGUGGAUUACUCAAGUCGGAUCUGGUUCCCAAUACGCCAGUUAUAGCGACACUUAUAUGAACGGGACGAAGUUCUGGUCAUACUUCCCUACCGGAGCAGUGCAGACGUUCGAGGUGUCGAAUGUCACAUUGUGA